AUGCCCGUCCCUCUUCGCUCACCCGCACCGGCGACAAGCGAUGGGCGUCUGGGCCAGCGGAAAGGCUCGAAUGUGCAGCAAACGGCACAUCGCCGGCUUAGCAUUAACGCCACACCUGUGGCUGUCGUCGCUGCGACAAAGGAGCAGUCUGCACCGGGUCAGCAGCCUUCCGAUCGCAGCAAGGCUACCAAGAGUGGAUUCACGCGCCCCGAGGAGUCCUUAGUGCCCCCACGGAGCUCGACGGAGAGUAUCGAUUGGUUCUACUCCGAAACAGCGCAGAGGGAGUGGGUCCAGGCCAUGGAGCUGGAUACCCUCACCCCGGAGAUGCCGCUGCUGCUCAAGGAGAUGGGCAUGAACUACGACCCCGACCGGCUGGCGGCAGUGCUGAACAAGCGCUGGCCGCAGGUCUACACGCGCGCGGUCCAGGUAUCCGCAACUCUGGGCGGCUUCACUGCGGCGGUGGCCCGGGACUACGCGCUGGGGCAGUUCGAGGCCAACAUGCCACAACGGGCUCGGGAGCUGCGGACCCUGCUGGGAAAGCUGGGCCCCGCCCUGGUGAAGAUCGGUCAGGCGCUGUCCGCCCGUCCCGACCUGCUGCCCCGCACCUACCUAGAGGCGCUCUCGGAGCUCCAGGACCGCCUGCCCUCCUUCCCUAACGAAAUCGCGUUUGCGGUCAUCGAGGAGGAGCUGGGUCAGCCGGUCACGGAGCUGUUUGCUGAGCUGAGUGAGCUGCCCGUUGCGGCGGCCAGCUUGGGACAGGUGUACCGGGCUCGGCUGCGUGACGGCACUGACGUGGCAGUCAAGGUUCAGCGGCCCAACAUCGGGGAAACCAUAGCUGUGGACAUGAUGCUGCUGCGCCGGCUUAUGGGGGUGGUGGACCAGCGGCUACCGCAGCUAGGGAUCAGUCAGCCGCUGGUGCCGCUGGUUGACGAGUUCGCGAGGCGCCUCUUCGCGGAGCUAGACUACGUGCAGGAGGGCCAUAACUGCGAGCGCUUCCAGGCACUGUACGGCACCAUGCCUCGUGUUCGUACACCCAAGAUUUACUGGCAGUACACCUCCCGCAGAGUCCUGACCAUGGAGUGGAUCGAGGGCGUCAAGCUCACGAACAGCCCCGCCAUGGCGGCUGCGGGGCUGGAUGUGGUGGACUUUGUGGACGUGGGAAUUGAAUGCACGUUGCGGCAGCUGCUCGAACACGGGUACUUCCAUGCAGGUAACCUCCUCGCCACACGAUCCGGUGAUCUGGUGUAUCUGGACUUCGGCAUGAUGAGCGAGGCGCCGCAGUACGCCCGUGACUAUGAGGCCAUGUGCAAGGACUACUAUACGCUGCAGUUCAUGGACCCCUCCGUGGACACCUCCCCCAUAGCCCCCGCGCUUGCGGCCUUCUUCGACGAUGUGCUGCAGUCCAGUGUAUCGCAACUUAACUUCAAGGCCAUUGUGGACGGGCUGGGCGAGGUGCUGUUCAGGUUCCCGUUCCGAGUACCCGCCUACUACGCCCUCAUACUGCGUUCCCUCACCGUGUUGGAGGGGCUCGCGCUGCAGGCUGACCCGAACUACAAGCUGCUGGCCAAGGCCUACCCCUACAUGGCCAAGCGCCUGCUCACCGAUCCGGCCCCCGAGCUGAGGGAGAGCUUCGAAGACCUAAUCAUCAAGGACGGCCAGUUCCGUUGGAGUCGGUUGGAGAACCUACUGCGCGAGGGCUCCAAGUCCUCGGACUUCGACCCCACCCAGCUGUGGCUGUUGGCGGAAUGGCUGCUGUCACCCGGCGCGGCGGGUGUGAGGGCGACCGUGGUUACGGAGCUGGGCAGGGUCAUCGACGCGGCGGCGGCGGCGGACGUACGACAACGGAUCGAAGCGCAGACGGGCGACCGGGCGAUUGCGGAGACGUUGGUGCCCCCUCAGCCCGCUGAAGCGGAGGCGCAGGAGCGGGCUGCGCUGCUGCUCAGCUCCAUCUCCUCGCGCCUACAGCUGCAAGAGCCGCUACAGCUGCAGGGCAGUGGUCCCUUUGGCGUCAUCACCCCGCAGGACAUCCAGCGCACCGUUGCCCGCCUGCGCGCCGUACUGGCCGCCACAGCCCCGCGGCUCACGCGCCGUCUGGCUGCACGGGCGAUCAAGUUUGUGUUCGGGGCGCAGCAGGCACUGGCAAGAGGAAGCGGCGGCGGCGGCGGCGGCGGCGCGGCCAAGGUGCGGCUGCGCCGAGGGACGGCAGCGGCAAAGGGCCGGGGCUGUCACAGCCUGGACGCAGAAGGAUCCGAGGAGGACAGCAAGAAGCAGGAAGCUAGGACGCGCGGCAGCGGCGCUAAGAGCGCUGGAGGAAAGGGUGGUGCUGACGCGAUGGCAAUUGACGACUCAGGUUCAAGUGGCGAUAGCGAGUCGGAUGAGGAUGAGGAGAUGGAGGAAGUUGGGCUGACUGUUAUCAAGCGGCCGCCAUCAACAGAAGGACUUGUUCGUGCCAUUUUCCUAAAGCUGCUGUGCAUUACAUCGUUUCGCUGCAGGCUGCCUGGAGCACGGUGCAAAAAGCCUAUGCGAACUUGUGCGCGCUCUGCUGGCACUGUCGCCAAGACUUCCAAAAAAAAGGAGCAGGAGGAAGAGUCUUCGGAGGGCAGCGAGGGCAACACCGGGCUGGAGGACGAUGACGACGAUGAUGAUGAGGACUUCACGGCUCCGAGCAGGCGGGAAACUGCUGCUGGCCGGCGUGGCAGGCUGCGCCAGCCCAGUCGUGGGAAGGCAGCUAGCAGCGACAACGAUGACGACGAAGACGAAGACAGCAGUAGCGAAGAGGAGGAGGAGGAGGACGAGGCGGGUGUCGCGCGUGUUGCGGCCCGUGGCAACAGGAGGUGCGACACUGAGGACUCAGAUGUUGAGCUCAUUAACGAUAGUGGUGAUGAUGAUGAUGAUGAGGCGGCGGAGGAGGAAGAUGGGGACGAAGCCAGUAGCGAGGAGGGGAAGGAGGAGGCGGAGGAGAACCCCGUGCGACGAGGACGUGGCAGGCCGCGCAAAGAGGGUGGCAAGGCUGCCCGAGAUAGUCCGGCUAGGGGGAAAGGACGGAAGCAGCAGCCCAAGGCCGCUGGGGCGGCCGCAAAGAAAGCCCUGAAGGGCCAAUCCGCGCAGAAGGGGAAUGCAAAGGAGGAGGUGGGGAAAAUGGCGGCAGCCGGCGGCGGCUCGAAGAAGCACAAGGGUCCCGUGGAGCGAAUCCUUUCGUACGACUCGGCGAAGGACAAGUACUUGGUGAAAUUGAAGGACGUGUCCUACCGCCACACCACAUACGUGACUCAGUCCCACCUGGAGAAGUUCAAACCAAACUUGUUGCGCAGCUUCCAAAAUCGCGAGGAGGCUGUGGAGGUGGAGGCGGAAUGGCUGCAGGUGGACCGAGUCAUCGCUGCCCGCACCGUUAGCACCCCAGGCCGCCAGGGCAAGUCGCGACAGCUGCUGAUAAAGUGGCGCGGCCUCGAGUAUUCGGACAGCACGUGGGAGAACGAGGAGGAGCUCCAGUCCCCUGAGGACAAGGCGGCCAUUGAGCGGUUUGAGCGCAUCAACGGGCCAACGGCGGCAACUGGCAAGAAGCAGCCCGACGGCACUCCACAGGCGCUGCGCCAACCGGGUUUUGAGCUGCCCACAUUCUGCAACGAGCGCUCACUGCGAGACUAUCAGCAGGUGUCGGUUCGCUGGAUGGUCAACAACUACUGCCAGCGCCGCAAUUGCAUCCUGGGCGAUGAGAUGGGCCUGGGUAAGACCGCACAGAGCAUCUCCUGUCUGGAGGUGCUGCGCUCUGUGGGCGGCAUUCCAGGGCCCUUCCUGAUCGUAGCCCCAUUGAGCACGCUGGGUCACUGGCAGCGGGAAAUCCAGACGUGGACGGACAUGAAUGUUGUCUUCCUAUCUGGCACGGCCGCGGACCGCGCCGUCAUCCUGGAGCACGAGUUCUACCGGUCGCCGGGUUCCACUGCUGGAGUCCGCAACUCCCGCAAAGAGAUCAAGUUCAACGUGCUGCUUGUGUCGUACAACACGCUCCUUAAGGAGCGCUCCUUGCUCGGCACCGUGUCCUGGGCUGCCGCCGUGUUCGACGAGGCCCACCGGCUCAAGGGCAUCAACAGCUCCACUCGCGCUGCAGUUGAGGAUCUGGACAUUGAUUGGCUGCUGCUGCUCACAGGCACGUGGUUGGGUGGCACGCCCAUCCAGAAUAAUAUGCUUGAGCUGUACUCCAUCCUUUCGCUGCUCGACCCCGACGGCUACCCCACCCCAGAGGACUUCACCAGCCGCUUCGGCGGCGCUCCGGGAGGGUCCCCGCCCACCGUGGAGCAGAUCCGGGCGCUGCAGGUGCUGUGCGAGGGCCUGGAGGAGGACCUGAAGUUUAAGCUCGCGCAGCAGCGAUCUCAGGGGGCCCCGGAGGAGUUCAAGUCCCCGGAGGUGGAGCUGCUAGUGCGGGGCAGCGGCAAGAUGGUACUGCUGCAUAAGCUGCUACACAAACUGAGGGCGGAGGGUCGCCGAGUGCUUAUCUUCUCCCAGUUCGUCAUCAUGCUCAACGUGUUGGAGGACUACUGCAAUGCAGUGGGCUUCCCUGUGGAGAGAAUUGACGGAAGCAUCCAGGGCCGUGACCGCCAGCGGGCCAUCGACCGCUUCUGCGCGGAGGGCGAGGGCAGCGAUGGCGCCUUCGUGUUCCUGCUGUCCACUCGGGCCGGAGGGCAGGGCAUUACGCUCACCGCUGCGGACACGUGUAUCAUAUAUGACAGCGACUGGAACCCGCAGAACGACUUGCAGGCCAUGGCCCGCUGCCACCGUAUCGGCCAGAAAAAGGAGGUGACGGUGUACCGCCUCAUCAGCCGAGACACCUACGAGAUGGCGCUCUUUAAUUCCGCCAGUAGGAAGUAUGGCUUGGAUGAGGCCAUCUUGGGCUUCUCCGGCGGCUCAGAUCCCGAGUCCGACUCGGCUCGCAUAGCGGAGCUGCUCCGUCACGGUGCGCACGGGCUGCUGGCAGAUAUGGAGGCCGGCCUUCGGCAGGGGGAGGCGUUUGCGAGCGAAGACAUUAACCAGAUUCUGGCGGCCCGCACUGAGAAGCGCCAAAUCGGGUCGCGAGCUGGCAACACCUUCUCCGUUGCUACCUUCGCAGCGGACGACGGCGGGGCCGCCGGCGGGGAGACCGGUGGCGGCCUGGGUGGGCUUGCCCGGCGCGGCCGCGCUAAAGCCAGGCGUCGCGGUGGCAGUGGCGGCGAGG